GGGAAAAUUCGCCCACUCCAGAAACGUGCCACGCCCAGCAGCGCAUCUGCCAAUUCAACAACCUCAACCGUCGAUUCACGCCAAAUCGCACCUGUUGCAAUCCAUCAAGGCUCAACCACAACCAUCGUUUCUGUCCUCCAAACUGCACUCCCCAUCACCACCGAAGGCGCGCUUUCUUCCUAUGUGACUCUCGGCGCGCGAACCUCGCUGGUUCCGGCCGGACGCGACCGCAGCAUCACCGCGCAUGGCGACCCCCCAACCGCGUCUUCCUUGAUCGCAGACGGUCCCCAGCAUGUCUUUCCAUCAGGGCCAGCCAGCCUGGCCGGCAAUGCCCGUCGCCGCCUACAACGGGAACAAGAUGCUGCACUCUCUUGAUGAUGGACUGGCGCGAACACAAACCCCCGUUGACACUUCGAUGACGUUGGUGCCUGAGGCAUCCGAUAUCGAGGAAGACCACCGCCGCGCGCAUUUUGCCGACCUCUUCCGCAAGAGCGAAUCCAAGAUCGCCCUGCUAUUUUCCGAGGACGGCUCAUACAAUUACGACGCCAUAGAGUCUUGGAAUCGCGCCCCGGCCGUCGCCACACCCCUUAUCCCCGACACCGAUCAUGCGCCCAUACAAGAACCGCCGCUGAAGAAGGCCAAGCGCACCAUCAACGAAGAUGACUACGACGAUGACGACGAAGAAGAUGAUGAAGACGAAGACACGCAAGGCUCGCCUCUCAAGUCCAAGAACGCGGCCGAGAACCGCCAGCUCCUCUCGCCGUCCAAGUCCGGUAGCUCCCCAAUACAAUCCGUUUCGUCACCCGGGAAGCACACCGCCAAGACCAAGGAUGACACUUCCUCGCAAGGUCAGGUCAAGACGUCAGAAGAUGCGCGCAAGGAGCUGGAGGAGGCUCGCAUCGCGACCGAGGAGGCCGCUAAGCGCAGCUUCCACACCCUAAUAUACACGCUCGAGAAUGACCGGACUGCCAUGUUGGAGCAGCAACAGCUAGAAGAGUCCGAGAAGCAGCUGCAGGCCGAGAUGGAUAAGAACACGGGUCCGAACUCGAGCCAAGGCCCUGGCCAGAACCAAGGCACUCUGAGCAGCGCCAAUCUCGGCGCAUCGAGCCUGACACUGAAGCACCUGAUUGCCCGCAUCGAUCAGAAGCGGAAUCAAGUCCGGGCGUCGGACGCGGAGUUGAGGUCGCUGAUGAACGAGGUCAGGAAAAAUCGGAGUAAAUGGGCCAGCGAGGAGAACGUGGGCCAGGAGGAGCUCUAUGAGGCGGCCGAGAAAGUCCUCAGCGAACUCAAGGCGCACACUGAGUACUCGACGCCCUUCCUCCAAAGAGUGAACAAGCGCGAUGCGCCCGACUACUAUAAUCUCAUCAAACAACCAAUGGACCUCGGCACCAUGACCAAGAAGCUGAAGGGUCUCCAGUACAAGUCGAAAGCAGACUUUGUCCACGACCUGAAUCUGAUAUGGGACAAUUGCUUGAAGUACAACCAGGACCUAAAUCACCACCUGCGGCGCAUGGCCAACGGCAUGAGAAAGGAGGCCGAGAAGUUGAUCCCUCUGAUCCCCGACAUCGUCGUGCGCCCUCGCGCUGAGGUUGAGGCUGAGGAGCGCCGCAAACAAAACGGGGGCGAGGACGACGCCGGCGAUGACAGUGACGACGAGCCCAUCAUGUCUUCUCGGGGACGCAAGGCUGGCACCAAAGGAACAAACAAGUCUCGGAAGGCACCCUCGGACCAGAAGGAGAACACCCCUACCGGCGACCAAAAGCCUGUCCUCCAGCUUAACGGGCUACUGGCCAAAGGCCGAGAGGGCUCCGAGGUUAUGGAUGGCAGCAACGGAUUCGGCACUCCGGUCGCUGGCUCCAUCACUCCAAUCGGCAUGAAUGGCCACUCGGGGGCCACCAACAAUGCCGAUGCUAUGGACAUCGACGGCCCUUCUCUGAAUGGCCUGGCAUUUGGUGAGGCUCUUGGAGAGGCUGCUGUCCAGGUGUACGAGGACGAGGAGUACAAGAUCUGGAAGCAGGUCACCAAGCGUGAUCGUGCACUUGUCUCCAAACAGCGCCACCAGCUCUUCCAGGGCUGCAGACUGAAUCCCGACGAACCCGCUCUCCUGCGCACAAAGUCGGGCAUGCGACGGUUCCUGAAGAACCAGCAGCAGGCCGAGUCCAACGGCCUCCUCACCCCGACGCAGGCCGAGUCUUCAGCGUUCGCCGUGAAGCAGACGAAGGCUCCCGAGACACUCGCCGAGGGAAUGGAAGAUGAGGAGGAGAGAGUCCUUCCCGACUACUACGAGCCCCAGACCAUAAUCCCGGACAUCCCCACAAAGCUUCAGUGGGUAGAAGACGGCGAAGGACAGGUCAUCAACCAGCACGAAGACUUCCUCAAGAUCGUGCCUCCUGGCCACUUCACUGCCCCCUCCAGUCGCCUCACAAAGCGCAUAGAUUCCAAUAUCCACCAGAUGCAGGAAACCAGGAAGCUGUGUUCCAAGAUCGGAGUCAUCAAGCAGAUGCAAAUCCAGACUCAGAUCUACCAAAACCAGUUUCCCAAAUACAAUCCGGAGCCGUUUGUGGAGGCAGAUAUCGAACCACACUUCACCGCGGGUGAGGGCGUGGUGAUGGCACCUGAGGCUUGCCGAUCAGCACUGCAGCGUUCUGUGGGGAAGAUCCUCUAUCAUGCUGGUUUUGAAGAGUUCCAACCAUCGGCUCUGGAGACCAUCACAGAUAUCGCAGCUGAUUUCUUCCAGAAGCUUGUGCGGACCUUCAACGUCUAUAACGAGGCGGACAAGAAGCCGGCAAUGGGUACCUUUGCCGAGCAGGGUCACCGCUGGCAGCCAAGAUUCACACCAGAGGAGGUUGUGCUGCACACGCUUGCCGGUAACGGAUAUGAUCCAGAAUCCCUGGAAUGCUAUGCCAAGGAGGAGGUCGAGCGACUUGGAGGCAAGCUCGUCACCAUCCAUGAGCGCAUGAAGGCGCAUCUUUCAGACCUGCUCCGCCCUGCUCUGAACGACGCGGGGCCGGAUGGUGCAGGCGCAUUCAAGGACGGAAGCGAGCAGUUUGUCGGGGGCGACUUCGCCGAGGAGCUUGGGGAAGACUUCUUUGGAUUCAAGUCUUUGGGCUUGGACAAAGAAUUGGGACUCGACUUCCUCUCCGUCCCACUUCAUCUGCUCCAAAGGCGUGUCUACGCGAACCACCAGAGUCAGGCCGCGGUGCCUGGCGCUGUGGAGCUGGAGCUCUGCGAGCCGUUGCCGCCUCUCGAGCCUGUCACCAAGGAAAACAUACAGGAGCAGAUUGGGCUUGUCAAGAAUUUCUUUCUCGCCAAACUACACGCAAACCAAGACCAGCCACUUGUGGAAGACGAGGACCUCCCUGUCAAGCAGCGGAGGCCGAGGCCGCGCCUUGGAGCCACGGGCAAAAUCGUGUCACCGCAGAAGCGCCCUCCCAAGGAGCAGAUCGCACUGGCCAAGAAGAAGAAGAAGCUGGAGUCUGGCCUGGCGCAAGUUACAGAUGGGAAAGGAGCCGUCGCCGGCGCGCAGGCUGUGGCUGCGGGCGGGGUCAACUCGGCCCCGGAGAAGGGCUCGACACCUGCCAAGAAACUCAAGGGGCUCUCCAAUCCUGCCCUUGUGCUCCAGGCUCCCGGCAUGGAGAGGGUCGAGAGCAUGCAGAGCCUGGGAAAUACGAGUCACACGGACAGGGACGAGGGAAUCGGCAUGAUGAGCCCCGAGAGCAUCCACUAGGAUGUCCAGCAUGGGCGACAAUGUUCCCACUGACUUUCCAUGAAUGGGCUUUUUUCGUUUUUUGUUUUUUUGGGUCUUUUUUCACCACAUUGUUUCCUUCCCUGGUGCAAUUUCUUUUCCCUUCAUUUUUCUUUUUUCAAUCCAUUAGAACUUACAUCCUCGGGUCGGUGGUCAGGAUUUUCUUCUCGCGCGAAAGACAUUCGUCUUUACACGCUGUUCGAUCAUUGGUGUUUCGCUGCCUCGCCAUUCUGAGGAUUGUACUUUCUCCCACGCACUUCAUUUAUCCUUUGUUUUAUCACACGACUAAUUUUUCCCUUCAUUUCACUCCUUCCUGCUAUUCCACGUUCCGACUUUCUCUCGCUCAUUACUCUUUUCUUUUGUUCGCCAUAUAUCGCAUCAGGAGUCGAACGAGAACAGGAGGACGGCGAUCGAUAAAACCAACCCCCACCCACACAGAUGCACACCGACACCCUAUAGGGGGGUCAGAUGGUUUAACAUAUAUACCCAAAAAAUCAUCAAGGCGUUGGAGUUCUCAGUUUCACGCAGGACACACAAAUGGUCUUCGUUUCAACCCCAUUCCCCGGCAGCUUUAUGUUUCUCUUGCUUUUUGUCUGCCCCCCAUCUUUGAAGCAAGUAGUAGGAGUCAACACUUGAUCUAGAAAGCGCCGUGUGCAGCCCAAACGCCUGCUGAACUGUGUCAUGAACGAUGUCUUCAAAACGAUACCCUGCUGCCUGAGCACCAGCUCA